AUGACCACCACCCAAAACACUCAGGUCGAAGACCACUUCAACAAUUGGCCCAACGUUCAAGGCUUCGAUGCCAAUUACGAAGUCAAAGACCCCGUCGAACUCCCAGUGGAGGGUAUCAUUCCUGCCUACACGGCUGGCACGCUGUACCGCACCGGGCCAGGAAGUUACAAAGUUGACACUGAGCAGGGCGAGACGGUCGAACUCAGCUACUGGUUCGAUGGAUACAGUCAAACCCAUCGCUUUCAGCUCGUCGCCCCUGACGCCGACCAGCCCCUGCGUGUCUACUACAAUUCUCGCUUCUCGGUAGACCGCCUGAUCGAAGAAACCCGCAAGUCAGGGAGCCUGAAACCGACCACCUUCGGGCAGAAGCGCGAUCCCUGCAAAGCCGUCUACAACAAGGUUCAGACCGAAUACGAGCCAGCCAGCCAGUCUACUCCCCCUCACCCCGCCGCCGUGAACGUUGGGGUCACUUUAUCGGUCAACAUGCCCGGCCUGGGGACCGAGACCAGUGACCGCUGGGACACAUCCACGGGGAUCAAGACCCUGUGGGCCAAGACCGACUACAACAUCUUCAAGCAGCUGGACCCUGUCACCCUCGAGCCCAUCGGUCUCGCCCGUCAGCAAAACCUCCAUCCCGACCUGGCGGGCGAAAGGGCCGCCGCGCAUGCCCGCUCAGACCCCAAGACCGGCGACGUCUUCAACUACAACCUCACACACAGCCCGGAACCCACGUAUCGCGUUUUCCGCACCUCAGCAUCCACCGGCGAGACCACGAUCCUGGCCACCUUCCCCGCCACGCCCGCCUACCUGCACUCCCUCUUCCUCACCGAAGACUACGUGGUCAUCUGCGUGUGGAACGCGCAUCUGGACGUCUCGGUCUUCGACACCCCCGUCCACAGCGUUCUCGACGCGAUAGAACCCUUCGACCCCACCAAGCCCUCAAUGUGGUAUGUCAUCGACCGCCAGAGCAGCCAGGGCCUAGUCGGCAGCUACGCCGGCCCGCCCUUCUUCUGCUUCCACAGCAUCAACGCCUGGCAGGAGCCGUCUGCCUUCAACAGCGCCGGGGGGGUCGACAUCGUCGCGGACCUCGUCAUGUUCGACAACCUCGACUUCCUCUUCUCCCUGUACUACGAGAACCUGCUCUCCAACAUCAGCCCCGCCAAAGCCCGCCUGGGCGCCCCCGGCCGCACCGACAGCACCCGCUCCACCGUCGCCCGCUUCCGGCUCCCGCUCAUCCCCGCUUACACUCCCGCGUCCCCCAACCCUCAGCCACAAAAAGCAAUCCUCGAACGCACCACCUGCAAACCCAUCUCCCCCGAACUCCCCACCCUCAACCCCAGCUACGUCACCCGCAAGAACCGGUACACCUACUCCAUCGGCGCCCGCGGCGAGUCCACCUUCUUCGACUGCAUCAUGAAACUCGACAACGACCACCCGGAGACCCCGCAGAUCUGGGCCCAGCAUGCACAUUCCCCAGGGGAACCGAUCUUCGUGGCGGACCCGCAGGGCACGAACGAGGAUGACGGGGUGUUGCUGAGCGUGGUGUUGGAUGGACAUUCCGGUAAGAGUUAUCUGCUGUGUCUGGAUGCGCGAGAUCUGUCCGUGCUGGGGAAGGCGAGGGUCGACGGGCCGGUGGCGUUCGGGUUCCAUGGGCAGCAUGUUCCUUUGGCGGGAGGGAUUAUUCCAACGGGUGAUUAUUGA